UUCGGGUUUCGUUCUCGAUAUUAGCAUAUAUUACACAUGUAGUUUCACAAUAGACUCGCCAUUUCGCACUGAAUUUUGGAGAAAUAAAACACAAAUUAAAAAUUAGGGUAGAAGAAUAUAUCGCCUCGAUAUUCCACCCGCACCAACCAGGCGCCAUCAUUCACGAUUUAGUGCUUCGCUGUUUCGCACGUUGCUUUUAGUUUUAAAAUUAAAUUAGUGUUUCUUUUGUGUGUUAAAAGUACAAUAGGUAUAUCAUCGGUUUUAAACCAUGCCGAAACGUAAAAGUGAUGAAGAUGAUUACGAUUAUCUUGAAAAACAGUUACGAAAAUUAAAACGUAGGAUUAAUAGUCGGCGUAACCGCCGUCGCGAUAGUUCUUUGUCUUCGUGUGGUGAUGGUGAUUCGCUUCAUAACCCGCAGGAAUGCGAAUCAAUCGCCAACGUUGACAAUGACGUCAUCGAACCCGAGCCUGGGUGUUCCUAUUGGAACGAUUACUGGCCGGUACCGGACCCGAGCGACGACGUCGAUGAUUGCGCCUCCGCGCCCGCCGCGCCCGAGCCGCUGCCUGCCGCCGCUACCGCGCCUUCACCCACCGCUGCCGCCGCCGCCGCCGCCAUACCUCUACGUACCGCCGCCGCCGCAACCUUGCCGUCCGCUGUCGUCGUCGCCAGACAGACGCCUGCCCCUACUUCAGUGCCGGCGCUCACCACUGUCGCUACACCAUCCCGUGCUGAUGCAAGUAUUGCCGCGCCUUCAGAGGUACUGCAGCCGGCACAAGCACCAAUAAAUAUACCAAAUGAGAUUCUUGACCCGGAUUUGUUAGCACUACUAGGCGAAGACCCAACUGUCAUAAAAGAAUACGGUGACGACAUACAAAGUGACCUGGCAAUCAGAUUAAAUCACUUAGCCACUUCAGGUCUUACUAAAGAGAGCCGCGCAGAGAUUAAAGAUAAAUAUCUGAUCCCUGGUAAUUGUAAAAUGAUUAAGGCUCCAACGCUCAAUCCAGAGAUACGAGCAUCCUUGAUUGAAAGCCAGGCCAAACGUGACAAAGGGAUAGAAAAUAAGCAGAUUUUAAACUCCUGCGCUUUGUCAUCUCUCAGUAAGGCUAUCACACUUCUUAUGGUAUCUGACAGAAAAAAUCAGGAGGUCCUUAGAUUAUUAAUGGAUGCAGCGCGAAUUUUAAGUGACAUUCAACAUAGUGAUUCGAUGUUACGCAGAUUUUUUAUUCUGUCAACGGUGAAAAAAGAGCUGAAAGAUCAACUAGAGACGACCAAGAUCGAAGAUCUACUUUUCGGCAGCAAUUUGGUGGAAACUUUGAAGUCAGCAAAGACUAUAAGUAAAACCGGGGCAGAUAUAAGGUCUACUAAGGCUGACGCGCCUAAUCCGACAAACAAAAUCGGGGACUCGGAACUGGCGGUCGACGAAUCCAGCUCCGACUUCGAGGCAGACGACGACGAGGCACCGCAGCAACUCGAGGACUUCGCCGCGUCAUCAAUAUUCACGUCAUAG